AUGGCUGGUCAAGAGGCCUCCAUUGAAGAAGUUGCUGCAACACGGAGAGAGAUGUUAAGAGCCCUUAGAGCUGCACAGGAACUUUCAAACAUUCUGGAUGGGGACUCUGCUAAUGUUGACAAUAACACUCAUCUUGCCAACGAAGUUAGUGAGAAAACUAAUACGAGUCUGAAGUUCCGGAAUUAUUUCCCUCUUGAUAAGAAGCUUAUUAAGGAACAAGAAGGAAAGCUUGAAACUGGUCCAACGUACCAGUUCGAUGACCCUAUUGGACCAGUAGUGCCAUCUCCACUCCCUAAACUCUUCUCUGAUAAAUUGUUCAAGGAUCUUGUUCCCAAACCACCACACUUCGAACUUCUAAGGGAUGUGCAGAAAAGGCUCGAUAAGCUUGAAAGGCAAACGCAGAUAGCGUUAUGUAAAAUCAAGGAGCAAGAAAGGCUGCAGCAAGAAGAUGGAACGACAUAA